AUGUUCCAAAGCCGAAGACGAGUGCCAUCAGAGGGAGCGCUCCGAGUGCUGCGGCAGCUGGCGUACAUCUCAUCAGGCACAGCCUGUGGUGUGGCAGCCGUCAUAGCAGAAGAGCGCCGCCGCCAGACCAAUGUCGUCUCGAAGAUAGCAGACAAUUCGCGCCGCUUGAAACAGCAUCCACGCUACCAGCACGCCCACGCUGCUCGUCGCAGACUCAACCAGGAUGCGACGCACGCCCACGCCAACGACGCGACGCUGCACACGCAGGCAGAAACCUUUCGCAACAACGUCCUGCCUUCCGAAGUCGAGCGAGGAUACGCCAAACUCGAGUCACGCCAACCACACGACGUCCAAACCAACCGCUCGUCCAAUCCUCUCCCACGACCACAUCCCACAACACAAGUCACCUCACCACAAGGACAGACGCCUCGUGUACCGGCGUCCACCAGUCUACGCAGUCCGCCGUCUCUGGUCAACGCCAUUGAGAAACAUGGUCUGGCCCGUACAUUGGCCGCUCUCGAACUUCGCUGCGAGAAGCUCGUUUCUCAGAACCUGGGCGAUGAUGCUUUUCGCUUGUUUCAUCAAUCUCUCAUCUUGGCCAAGUCCGCAGGCAUCUGCCCGUCCGACUUUAAACCACUUGCAGUCCGCUUGUUCGAUUCUUUUCUGCUCAAGCGAAGCUUCCGCAACUGUCAACAACUGGUCGAUCACAUGUAUCUCGAAGCAUGGCCUGUCACUCAUUGUCUUCACAGCUUUUCCUUGGCCUGCAUUAAGCCCCUACGCCCUAGAUGGUUGGUCCACAUGAACGAGUGCUACGGCGAAAAGUUUGUUUUUCCUCGCACUGUCUACCCUGCAUUAUGCGCAGCAUACGCGACCCAUAGUCCCAAAGUCUGCGCCCUCCUAUUCGCCAAACAUAUACACAGGGAACAACGUCUUACAGUACUGCUCUGCUGCGAACCUGCAUGGCCUGCCAUCAUCGAACAAAUGUGGUACACUACUCGCAACUAUAGCCUUGUCGACUCGCUCUUCGAGCAUAUGUGCCAGUCUACAAAACUUCCGCCACUGGUCCUCUAUAAUGCCAUGAUCAAAGUUUGCAUCAAGUCCGGAAAUCUCGAUCGAGCUCACCAUCAUCUCCGCACCAUUCAGCAGAGCCCACAUCUGGAAGCCGACAUAGUCACUUUUGGCCACUUCGUCCUUUUGACGUCUUCAAACGCCGAUUGGCCUGCUGUCGAUCAUCUGAUGACCAUGUUAGGCCGCGCAGGAGAAGUGGAAGCAACUCCCGAGAAACGUACUGAUCUCUUCAUCCCUGUUCUGAAAGCCUAUGCCAAGCAUCACCAUCCAGAGGAAGUUUGGUCCUUUGCCUUCAAGGCGAUUGACGAAUACGCAGUCCUUCCCGACCCGCGCAUCUUGAGCAUCGGCAUCAAUGAUCUAAUCAGAACUGGUCGAUUGGGGAUGAUUCCAGUGUGGGUCAACAAAAUGAAGACUUAUGGACGAGGUGCAGAAAUUACAUCAAAAACUGCCGGGGCCAUGGUGCGGCAAUUCUACUUUGAUACCAGGCCUUCUCACACCGUUUUGAUCUGGCUCUGCCGACGCUUGUUGAAUCAUGUUCCAGAGUACUGGUCCCAGAAUCUGCUUAAUCUACUGCUUGAGGCUGUAGCACACGACCUUCGAGGUUAUCGAUCCGGUCUUGCCCACAGGGAGCCUCGGGCACUGCUCAUGCUCAAGGCGCUACAGGAGGUCGAUUUGGAUCGGCCGAGUCUACCUAAGCCUCUCAACUGGUACCAGAUACAUGAAGAGACGAGACCAGUUCGUGCACCUCUGCUCCUCUCCAAUUCAGGUAUGCGAGAGACAGCCGGAGAUGAAUCACUGGCAAAUUUUGGUUACGAGAUCGAUGAAGUGUGGUCAAAUGACGUUUCUUUGGCAAGCGACCGGUCAGUAGACUACAAAAAUGUGCCGUCAGUUGAAGAUCUAUCGAUGGAUGGCAUGCCGGACACCGCGCUUUCGACCGCCCUAAGAGCGCAGACUCUCAAAGAGAAUGAGAUGCUGAUAGCCCUGUCGGAGGCAAGGUACGCAGAUCUCCUCAACAUGUACGAAAGCAGCCUUGGACGAAGUGGUCUGCCCGCGUCAUCAUACUCUCUAGAGAUGGCAAUACAGGCCCGCACGAAGUUGUCAGAUGACGUCGGCCUACUUGAAGAUCAUAUCGACACAGCCAGUGAAGCUGGUAUGGAGAUCACCGCGGCGCUGAUACCACUAUUAAGUCAUCAGAUACGAAUCGCGACACCAGGUGCACCGAUGCACAUUGACGAGCUCCGCGAUACCGUGCGGGGGUUUUACCGGCAUAUGGUGAGGAACAAUGUCAACAUCAAACAUCAUCUAGCCACGGCUUCAGCAACAGUCUUGAUCCAGAACAACCAGGCGAACGAAGCAAUCCAGCUUCUCCAGAUGAUCUAUCACUCAAAGUGGGUGGGAGAAGUGCCAUUUGACCUGCCAGCCAUGACUGUAUUGCUACAAGCAUAUAUUCGCGUAAGCCACAGCACGGGAAUCGAGUGGGUCAUCAAGGAAGUCUUGGCUAAAGGCUACCGAAUCGACUACACCUUCAUGACUGUCGUCCGGAAAGCGCGGAAGCACGCCGAGCUACGAUCACGAUCUGAAGGUUCCAGAGGUGCUAACAAUCUCAGACUAGCAAGGGUGCUAGAGUACUACUCUGAAGUUUGCAGAGUGAGGCAAAAGACACAGAUCAGGCAGGCAUCAUCUCUGGGCAACAGGCUCAUCCGCAUCAUGAUCAAGCUUGCCAAACCUGCACCCGAUGUCGAUGUUCCCAAGCUGCAAGGACAGCGUGUUCGUCCUGAUCUAUGGUCACGAGGUCUGCGUCUUGCGGAUGGACGUAGAAGUACAUGGCGUAUCGUUGGCGGUAGACGAAAAGACCCGCGCAUACAUCGUCGGUCACGAAGACGGACCCCAAUCGUCAUCAAAGAAUGA